CUCAGAGAUAACGAAAAGGUGAAAUCUACUUUCGACUUAGUUUCCUACGUCAUUUGAUAGGUAAAAUCCAAGGAAAAGAACAUCUUGCACUCAUAAAAAUGUCAGAGUUUUUUCAAAAUGAUAACCUUUUAAAAGGCUUUCGAACCACAAUCACAGCUGUGAAGACUGUCUGGGAAUGGACGCGCGAUCGUCUCUGGCCAAUGUACACUGUUGCCGUCGUCAUUUCCAUCUUUAAUAUGAUAGCUAUCUCGUCAGAAAAGCAAAUUUUGGCAGACCACUUCUAUGGCAGCGGUGAUCGUACCUUCGAGGCGGAAAAGAAUAGCCGCAUCGAAGAGGGAAAGAAGUAUUUUAACGAGGAGGUGUCGUUAGCAGUGAAGGAGAAGGUCUGGCAGAUGCCGCCGGAGGUGUUUAAGCGACAGUACGCAAGCUCCAUGCCAUAGCCUUCUGAACAAGCUAUGAGCUUGCUCUAAGAAUGAAAAAAUAAGAGCGGAGGAAGAAGAUAAUAACAAAGCACUUUUGUGUAUUGUGUUGUAUUUUUUAUUCUGAAGUUUUUAGAUACAUUAAUUCAAUAAAAUUAAAUAAAAAGCGAUAAAAAUUCUUCAGUCUAUGCAUGUGGGUGUUUCAUUCCCCUUACAUUUGUCGCCUAUAGUGAUCUAUUAAGAUGAGGCGAAUGUGGGGAUCAAGCUUGGCAUAGAAAUAAGAAUGUUUGAUUUUAUCGAGGUGGGGCUUCUUUGUUAUUGUUGUUGUUCAUAAUGUGUACUUAAGCAGGAGAUGACAGCUUCUUUUAGGUGCUUUUCUCCGCCUUCUCUUGUGAGGAGAAGCAAUGGGUAAGGACGAAGCUUGUGAUUUCGUAACUGAGGAAAAAUAUCGGAAAAUUUUGAGUUGGUCACUAUACAUAGCCUUUGGCUCUUUCU